CUUUUAUUGUCAUUUAUUAUCAUUUCAUUAGAGGGGGUGCUAAAUUGUUUUGGAAACCAAUUGAUUUUGAGAUUAUUCGCGACGUUAUCAUGGGGCAGUUUGUCUCUUUGUGUUAGCACGUUCUUUGCUAGAAGGCCAUGGCUGGUUCACCAAUAUAGAAAUCUCCUUCUCUACUUAGCCCAGUCUCCAAUCACGAUGUCAAAACGACCAUCCUAUGCCCCUCCCCCUCCCCCUGCCCCCACAACACAAAUGCCUUCCACCCCAGGGUUUGUGGGCUACAACCCUUACAGCCAUCUGGCCUACAACAACCUCCGGCUGGGAGGGAGCUCCGGAGGUUCCAGCAGGAACUCCUCAGGCAUCACCGUCCCAAAGCCUCCCAAACCUCCAGACAAGCCACUGAUGCCUUACAUGCGGUACAGCCGGAAGGUAAGCAGGAAGGUAUGGGACCAAGUGAAGGCAUCCAACCCAGACCUGAAGCUGUGGGAGAUUGGAAAGAUUAUCGGAGGGAUGUGGAGAGACCUGACUGAUGAGGAGAAACAGGACUACUUGAACGAGUACGAAGCUGAGAAGAUUGAGUACAACGAUUCCUUGAAGGCCUACCACAACUCACCAGCCUACCUGGCCUACGUCAACGCUAAGAACCGAGCCGAGGCCGCCAUGGAGGAGGAGAGCAGACAGAGGCAAAGCCGGAUGGACAAAGGAGAGCCUUACAUGAGCAUUCAGCCUGCUGAGGAUCCUGAUGACUACGAUGAUGGUUUUUCAGUGAAGCACACAGCAGCCGCUCGCUUCCAGAGGAACCACCGGCUCAUCAGUGACAUCCUCAGUGAGAUCGUGGUGCCUGAUGUCCGCUCGGUGGUCACCACAGCCCGCAUGCAGGUUCUCAAGAGGCAGGUCCAGUCUCUUAUGGUGCACCAGAGGAAGCUUGAGGCAGAACUUUUGCAGAUUGAGGAUCGCCACCAAGACAAGAAGAGACGCUUCCUGGAGACCACCGACUCAUUCAACACUGAACUUAAGCGGCUGUGCAGUCAGAAGGUUGAGGUGGACAUGGAGAAGCUAGCCGCAGAGAUGGCUGCAGCUGAAGAGGCAGCCAGGCGCCGGGCGGAGGAGAGGGAACGCGAGACAGCCGAGCAGGCAGAGAAAGCUGCUCUGCAGGCGCAACAACAGCAACAGCAGCAACAGCAGCAACAACAACAACAAGAGGCUGCUGGAAACAAAGCCUCAGAGCAAAGCAGUGCUAAUGCUAGCAGUACAGCUAACCCCAGCUCAGGGACCAAGGAGGAUGGCAAGCCCACACCAAUGGAGACAGACGAGGCAACCACAGAGCCCUCCUCAGAACCACAGCCUGCUGCACCUCUAUCCGACCCCCCCUCUUCUUCCUCUGACAAAGGAACCCCUCCCCCCGAGACCCCCAGGGAGAGCGGCACUCCUAACAGCAGCGCCCCCAGUAACGGCAGCAGCAGCAGCAACAGUAUGCCCCCUCCUCCUUCAGACAGCAACAGCAGAGCAGCAGCCCCCGAUCCCUCAGCAGCCCAAGAAGCCAACUCCAGCGCAGCUAACCCUAACACGGCUGCAGCACCUCCUCCUCCCCCCGCCUUAGAAGAACCACCCCCUCCUCCACCACCUCUACUAUCCCCCAGCCAGAACAGCCAACAGUAUGACAUGUAAUAGUCUGUUUCUUAGAUGCACAGUGGUAACUGUAGGGCUGCAGCUCUUUUUCGAUGGAGCAGCAGGUGUGGAAGAAGUAAGACAUGCAUGGGUGCUCUGUCAGAACAGAUCUUGUGAAUGAGCAGUGCUGAGUGGUUGAGGGUCUGAUAGUAUGGUCAAUAAACAGUUAGCAUCACACAAGAGUGAUGAAGGGUUGUCGUCAUCCAGGCUAAGGUAGCGUGGCCAUGCAAGACUCUGUUGGAGAAAUUUUACUUUGUUUCCUUCAAAUUCAUUCAUGAAUGAAUUGAAAUGUCAACAGAGAAUAGGCAGAGUUUGCAUUCCAUUAAGGUCCAAACUAUUCCUCUUUUUAAUCAUGUUGGAUAGAUGAAUGGAUGGAUUUAAGAAAAAUAAAUUAACCUCAUAAAUACUUCAAACAGGACACCAGGGCUGUAAAAUGGCAAAUUGUUCGCAGUAAACCCCACUGGCUGGUUGAAUAUCAUAUGCAGGUUUCUAACUCCUAACAUCACUGUUAAUACUCUCUACAUCAGUUUAUUAUCCACCCGCAAAUCUUCAGAUACAUUUCCUGUUUGCAAAUUGUCACAAUUAAGUAGCUGGAAUGACAGAAUGCUUAGCAUUUUUGCUUGGCAAUGUGGGGAAAAGUAUCAACAAUACCUCCUUCUCAAUGAGACCCGGAGGAAGUGAUUUCUGAAGAUGCGUGUUGGCAGCAGGCAUGUUGAUGGCUGUAUAAUUUACAUACAGAUGUAAACCUCCAGUAACUCCCUCUGUGUAGACUUUGGAUGUGGUUGAAAUGUUUGAUUUGCCACAUAUUUCUACAUCAUGCAGUCUUGAUUUAUAAACCUCUUUAAAUGAGCCCAUUGUUUUCUUAGAGAGAAACGCCACAGUUGUAAACUGUGAAGGGUAGUACAUUACAUGAUUCAUGUCCAGAGUCUGAAUUGUCUGAAGCUCAGCGUAUGUUCUGUUUACAAAAGGGCAACCAUGCAUGAAAGGACCUUAACCCAACCCCCACCCCUUCCACUUUAAAACCUCAGAAUCUUGUAGUUCAGUUUGUGUGAUUUGCAGAACUACUACUGUUACUACUUUUGUGUUUUUAGAGAUCUAGUGAAACAUUUUAGAUUAAUAUACUUAAAUCCAGGUUUCGUAUUAUUCCUAUACUCUGGAAUCAGAUGCCAUUUCUAACAUGUUUCAGUUUGACUGGGGAUGAUGCACCAUAUGAUUAUUUCCAGGUCUGAAGUCCGUAUGAAGGAAAGGCAUAUUUUAAUUAUUGGCGCACUCACAAUUUGCAUGCUUCAUUAAAUACUAACCAUAAUCCUGCAAGCAUCUGAACAAUUACUGAAGGCAUAGUCAAAGAGUUGAGGUUGAGGAAAACUGUUGAGGGACGUUUUCUGUGCAGGACAAAACACACUUUAUCCACACAAAAUGAUACAUAAAAUGAUUGGCACAUCUCCAAGGUGCGUUUUUAAUGGAAAAAUAAUCUGGAUGAUGAAAUGACUUGCAUUAAGUAUAAACAGUUGUUUGUUCCCCUCCAUCACAUUUAUGUAGAAAGAACUGACACAUAAUUAGCAUUUAAUCUAUAAGAGCUUCUUUGCAAGAUGAGGCUAUUUUUUAAAGUCUAUUUUCCUCCUUUAGACCGCAUAUUCCUGUUUACACCACAAGCAGAGAAUUGCACACGCUACCCUCAUCCAAAUGUAACCUCACUUGUGCAUUUAAAGGACUGUUUCUUACUUGAAUUGGACUGUUUUUAGUAAUAUGCCUGUUUUUUGCAUCUUUCUUUUGUACUGUCUGAACUUACCUAUCCAAAUAAAAAUGAUUUCUCAUGCUU